AUGUCUGUUCAUGCUUUAUUGCUAUUUCUUCCUCUGCUUGUGUCCGCACAAGGCUCUUCAAACGGUUCUGCGUUUGGUGUAACGUCAGACUCAACUACCGCAUCUAAUCAAACCUUUGACUAUAUCAUCGUCGGAGGCGGUCUUGCUGGGUUGACAGUAGCAGGGCGUCUGUCUGAGGAUUCCUCAAAGACUGUGCUUGUUAUCGAAGUUGGCAAUGAUGACAGGACAAACCCAAAUAUAUCCGACAUCUAUAAUGUCGGAGCGGCAUUAGGCACAAGCUUAGCUUGGAGGUGGCCUACAGUUGAUGGAAAAGGUCUCAUGGGUGGCCGAACGCUCGGCGGAAGUAGCUCUAUCAAUGGAGGCAAAUGGACUAGAGGGAUGAAAGAUCAAUACGACGCGUUCUCGCAAUUUCUCAGUGAUGAGGACGCGAGCAUGAACUGGAACUUCGAUUCGUUGUUUUCGUACAUGAAGAAGGCAGAGAAUUUCACGACUCCUGACGCCACACUUCGAGCGUUGGGCGCGGACAGUGUUAGCGAUUACCACGGCUUCUCCGGACCCGUUCACGCUGCCUUCCCUCAAGAAAUGUUCACCGGACCCCAGCAACCCGCAUACAUUGACGCAAUCACGAACUUGACGGGAAUAUCUCAUUGUGCAGACGCACUCGGCGGGAACUCUAACUGCGUAACUUACUUGCCAAUGUCGAUUAACCCACAGGACGACUACCAUCGGUCGUCCUCGGCAAUGGCAUACCUGACUCCCGUCGAAAGUGAUCGCGCGAACUGGCUCACCCUGAUUAAUCAUCAAGUGACGAAGGUCUUGCUGUCUGGAACAUCGCCUAAUGUUACUGCGACGGGUGUGCAAUUCAAGAAAUCGGACAACACAGGUGAAACGUAUACCGCAAAUGCUCGUCUGGAAGUAAUUCUCUCUGCUGGUGUCAUUGGAUCACCGCAAUUACUUCAGCUAUCCGGGAUCGGCGACCCAUCGAUUCUAGAACCGCUCGGGAUUGACGUAAAUGUCGACCUACCGACAGUUGGUCGAAACUUUAGGGAUCGGACUGGAGCCUUACUCAGCCACUCCACCCAGUCGUCGUACGAUAGGGGAGGAAGAGGACCGGAUAAUGUUUACGCAUUUGUCUCUCUCGAACAGCUCUUUUCUGAGAGUGCUGGAUCGAAUGGUAGUAUUACAGCAGAUGAUGUCUCUAGUCAUCUCCUUGAGUCAUUUUCAUCCUGGGCUCAGAGUCAGGCGAAUAAUGGUUUGAGUGCUGAUGCGCUUACCCAAAUAUUUGGGAUCCAAGCCGGUCUGAUUGCUAAUAGCAGUGUGCCUGUUGCCGAGAUUUACUUGAACAGCGGAACAUCCACCAUUGGCAUCAAUUUCUGGCAGCUCUUACCAUUCAGUCUUGGAAACAUAACGAUCACAGACACAAGCGUCUUUAUCAAACCUAAAAUCGCAGCAGACUUUUUCAACGUGGACUUCGACCUUACUGUGCAAACCGCAUUAGCUCGUCUCGCACGAAAACUCCUUCAAUACUCUUCCUUCGAUGAUAUCACAGCGGGAGAAGUUACACCCGGAACUAGCGUAGUCCCAGAUGACGAGAAUGGAGGUACAGACGAGGCCUGGCAGUCGUGGAUUCGUCAGGCUUUCUGGUCAGUCAACCAUGGGAUCGGAUCGGCCGCAAUGAUGCGCCGUGAUUUGGGCGGAGUCGUGGAUGGGAAAUUGCGAGUGUACGAUACGACAAAUUUGCGUGUGGUGGACGGAAGCAUUCUCCCUCUCCACGUUAGUGCGCAUCCAAGCUCGACGCUUUAUGGAGUUGCGGAGAAGGCGGCGGAUAUUAUCAAGUCUGGUGUAUGA